CCUCCACUUCAAUCCAGAGCUGCCUAUUAAAGGGAAGCGUUUCAUGCAAGCAGCAUUAGUUUACAAGAGUCCCUCAAGUGAAGAAAGUAACUAUGCAUUUCGCCAUCCGAACAAGCUUUAUCCUGGCUGUGCUGUUCUGCCUCUGGGGCAAUGGAAAGGCCAGAAUGAUUGAUCAAGAUCGCAAUAGGCUUCAGCAACUCCAGCUUCAAAGUCAGCAAACCACUGAUGUUGACACCCAGUUGCGAAUUACCAAUGAAGUGAUUGAAAUUUUCGAGAAAUACAAGGGUCAGGUCGCAUCAAAUGCCGUUGAGGAAGCGGAGUUGAACACACAAGUCAAUGAUUUCAAGGGAAAUACUGUACUAAUAGACGGAGUGCCAGCCCAAGGAGGCUUUUGGAACAUACUAGGAGGCUUAAAGUCCGCUUCUGAAGCCGUUCCUGACAAUGUCAAAAAAGAUGCCAAAAACUUGCUAAAUAGUUCCUCAAAGGCAUUAGUUGAAAACCUCUCAAGCUAUCUUAUUAACAAGCUUUAUCGCAAGUUUGGACUUGCAAAGUAAAAAACAAGGUGAAUUCAUAAAAAGAUUCAAGAAUUUUAAAAUCUAUUAAAGUUUUCCUUAACAAAGCUA